CGGCAACCACCAAAAACAGAGCACACUCAAAAAACACAAAUCUUCAUUUCAUUUAGAUUUUCGGGAAAAGCUACUACAAUUCGAGAUCGGAGAUGGAAAACGGCGACAUUGUCCUAGCGGAGAUGAGGCCGAAGAGGCGUGCAGGAAGGCGGAUUUUCAAGGAGACACGUCAUCCGGUCUACAGAGGGGUGCGGCAGAGGGACGGCGAUAAAUGGGUCUGUGAAGUCCGAGAACCGAUUCACCAGCGCCGAAUCUGGCUCGGCACUUAUCCUACGGCGGAGAUGGCUGCGCGUGCUCACGACGUGGCGGCGCUUGCUCUGCGCGGGAGAUCCGCGUGCUUGAAUUUCUCAGACUCCGCUUGGCGCUUACCGACGCCGGAAACCACUGAUCCGGAUACAAUCAGGCGUACGGCGGCGGAAGCUGCGGAGAUAUUCCGACCGUCGGAGUUUAGCCACGGAAUUACUGUUUUGCCCUCGUCCGGUGGUGGCGAGCUUGCCACGUCGGAGGAGGGAUCAGAGGGAAUCGCUGGAAUGAUGAUGAGGCUCGCGGAGGAGCCGUUGAUGUCUCCGCCGAGAUCGUACAUUGACAUGAAUACGAGUGUAUACGUGGAAGAAGAAAUGUGUUAUGAAGAGUUGUCACUGUGGAGUUACUAAAGUAUGUAUACGUAUUAAUGUAUGUAUCAUGGUAUCAUGUAUCAUGUAUGUGUGGUAAAUUUUCGCGGGGUUUUUUAAUCAGUUUAAGAAGCUUCAGUUAUAUAAUAAUUUUGUGCAAAAGAUUCUUGGAAUCUUUGGUGUUUGUGUUUACUUUUUUUCGUGAAGCAAGCCUUAUAAAGAGCUUUGUUUACGUAUAUUUGGAAUGGGCUUAGAUAAAGUUUAGCCCAUCUUAAGAAGUCAUGUUGACUAUGUUUUUUUUUGGUUUACCUAGUUUCCUUAUAGGUAUUACCAAACUGUGU